UUUAGGUUACGUCACUCGUAUUGAAUUGCAACCGGUCUGAUGAAGAAUAAAAUGGACAAGCAGUUUUCUUUUUCUUCUUGCUUCUUUUAUAUUUACGUUUCGCUCUUUCAUUUUUUAUUUUCUGGUUGAGGUCUUAAGAGGUGAAGAGGAGAAAGUGAAUUCCGCAGAUUUGAAUCUUGUUCCGGCGGGGAAUCGGAAGAAAAACUUUUCCUCGGAGAAAGCCCGCGUGUAAUUGUCGACGUCUAAACAUAAUUUUGUUAGAGAAAAUGAGAUAUCUUGCCGGCACUUUUGUUUUUAUUGCAAUAUUUGCAUAUGUUAGUACUUUGUGCAUUAAAAAUGAUACAAACAACAUUUGUCACCAUCUUCGGAAAAGAAGCUUGAUAUUUGUCGAAAAAAUUGCUUGCUAUCCUGAUUUGGGAUGUUUUUCAAGUGGCCCGCCAUUCUAUCAUCCAAUUUAUCGCCCUCUCAGUGUACCACCGGAGCCACCAGAAGUUAUCAGAACAAUGUUUCUGUUAUUCACUAGAAGAAACAAGAAUCGACCAAUAUUUCUGUCACCACGCCAUCAAAAAAGCGUGAAAAAAUCAACGUUCAACCCAGACUCUUUAACGAGAAUUAUCGUCCAUGGCCUCAAUGACAAUUUAGCUAUAAAUACUUGGGUUUACCGUAUGAGAGAUGUUAUUCUGGACAGAGCCGACGAGAACGUUGUAAUUGUAGACUGGAGUGGAUCCAAUAGAAUACCUUAUACAAUUGCUGUCGCUAACUCCCGAGUUGUUGGUGCUCAGAUAGCACAAUUCAUCAAGUUCUUGUAUAAAACACUAGGAACUAGUCCUGAGAGUUUUCAUGUAAUUGGACACAGCUUAGGCGCACACAUAGCAGGUUAUGCUGGAGAGCGACUGCACAAAUUAGGAAGAAUUACAGGACUCGAUCCGGCUGGACCUUUCUUUCGCAAUGUUCCGGACAAGGUGCGGUUAGAUCCAAGUGAUGCUGUUUUUGUUGACGUCAUCCACUCCGAUCCGGGAGUGUCUGUCUUUCAAGGAUUUGGCACACAUGAAGACGAUGGAGAUCUUGAUUUCUAUCCUGGCGGUGGAGAUCCUCCUGGGUGUGAAAAGACAAUAAUACGGUCUUUCAAAGAAGAUAUCCCAACUGAAGCACUUGGCAACCUGAUUGCUUGCCAGCACUUUCGAGCUUUCGAUUUCUUCAUAUACUCCUUCAACCAAAAUGGAUGUUUAUUCGUUGGAGUUGAAUGUCCCUCCUGGGCAGAAUUCCUGAAAGGUCAGUGCGACUGUGGUCCUCAUGGAGAAAAAUGUGCUAUCAUGGGUAUUUUUGCUCCCACAUACACAUUUCUAGAUGGAAAGCAUUACAGUGACAGGAGAUUCUACUUGAAGGUUGGUCCUGAAAGGCCGUUCUGUGUACACCAGUAUCAAAUUACAAUAUAUCUCCAAACCCUGAACUAUCUCAAGUCUUACGGAUUUGAAGCUGCACAAGCAGAAAUAACAGUUACAGGAAAAUUAGGAAAGUUAAAAGGAAAAUUAUAUCUAGGUAUCCAUCUUACUGAAACAAACCAAGUGAAGAAAUUCCUAAUGUCUUCAAGUCAUCCAGUCGGCGAAAUCCUGUCAGCUAUUGUAGUUAUAUCCCAAACCCCAGUUUUGCACACGGAGGGACACUUCUCAAAGGGACAUUAUGAGAGUGUAACUGAUACAGUAGUGGACAAAGUGAAGAUAAAUUAUCUUUUCCCUUUGCCAAAGGAAUAUACAACUUCCGUUCUCUGCAGGACUUCAGAGCAUCCCCAUAACAGUGCUGGAAGAAAGUUUGAGCUCUCGGCUGAAUUUUGUUAUUAGAUUCACAACCAUUGCAAGAACUGAAACUACUUGUUAAGCAACAAAGCAGGCUAGUGGUUAAACCAUAUUUAUGGCCAGAAUAAUAGUUGUCUGCCUCUUACCAAAAUGGAUACAUGUCGGUUAAUUUAAAUGUUUUUCUUUCAUGAAUGUAAUGUGAACAUGAACAAAAGAAAGUUGACUACUAUGUAAAAACAUGCAUUAUCUUCAAAAGAAGUGAACCAUUAUCCCAAGCAAACAAAAAAUUGGGAUAUUAGUGAUCAUGGCUUUCCUGACGUAGAAUAUGUAGGUGCCAUUUCCUCUAGAAUGAAGUUAAGCCAAUGGAAUAAACUGAACACUGUAAGCUUGCUCUUACGAAACACUGCAAGCAUAUGUUUUACAUGCAUUAAAUUAUGGUUGCUGUUAUAUAAGCUUAGUUAUAUAUAAUAUUUUAGACUAAUCUUGUGUGCAUUUUUAGUUCUUUGUCCAAAGUAAAAGAAGCACUGUAAUCUCGAAAAAUUUUGGGCAUCACAUUUCAACUAAAAUAUCCUUUUCGACCGCUCUCGAAUCCAUAUGAACGUGUUUUUUUUUUUUUUUUUUUUUUUUUUUUUUUGCUUGACAUCAGUACGUACAGAUAUGAUAAAGGAUUUUUUUUCUUUUCGAAACGGUUUGUAAGAUGGGAUCAAAAUUGAUUCAGAAGGAAUUUUUUUUCGUGACAUCUGUGCGUACGUACGUUCGUAUCUUGCGUAACUCAAGAAUGAUUAGCCGUAGUACGCUGAAAUUUUGUAUUUGGGACUGCUGUAACUUCAUUUGUGUACGUGCCUUUUUUAUUGCAAUCAGACACACCAAACUUGUAUAUAUACAUCCACCCUCUUACUCGGGUUGGUAAGCUCUGUUUAUAUAUAUAUAUAUAUAUAUAUAUAUUGGUAAAUUGUGCAUUUUUUGCUUGAAAAGUGAUUGAAUUAUGUUGUUCUUAUGUUCUGGUUAAGGUUUUUAUCUUUAGUUGAUUUGCAUGCGAUAGUUGUAGAACUAUCAACAAUUUUAAAAUGUAAGGGGCAGUAAACCUAAUGUAACGGCUAUUUGCUCACAUUUGAAACGCUUAAAAGCAUAGUAAAUUCGGUAUGUUGGUGCGCUAACUUCAAUGUCCUUUUGCUCAGUGGGACUGAAAGUUAAAUUUAAAUUUUUGUGCACCGAAAAUUUUUCUUGUCUCACCAUUUGCUGAAUUGUUUGUUUUUGUGUCGAAAAUACAAUUUGAAUUACAAAACUUUUUAAAGUGUUUU